AUGAUCAACCAAGCUCCAUCCAGUCCUUUGAGCGGCUUUCUCAGCCAAAUCAUCAUGGACAAGUGUGGUGUAUCUUUCUCCCAUGAAAUCACAGUCACAGUCGUUGACGACAAGGCACUUUCCCACCGCUCCCCUCCCCCUUCCGUGCGUUCCAGCUCCUCCAAGAAAUCCAGCAGCAGGUGUACAUACCGCAUUGCUGCGGAAUCCAGAUGGGAAAGCUGUCCCCUUGUAAAUGAUCGAAAGAUGAAACGCCGUGAAAUCUUGCUGACCAAAGCAUGCCAAGUGUUGCCUCCAAAGAUGCCCGUUCGCACCGUGAGCGACGACUGCAUAGUCAUCAUGAAUGGACCUACACCCAAGCCCAAGAUUGUGCGGGCAAGCUCUGCCUAA